AUGGAGGAACAUAAUUCAUCUUUGGUGGCAGAAGCAUCUUACCCAGAUUUGGUCAUCAAUGUAGGAGAAGUGACUCUUGGACAGGAAAACAGAAAGAAGCUGCAGCAAACUCAGUGAGAACAAGAAAAGGCACGAGUUAUAUGGGCUGCAUGUGCUUUAUUAAACUCAGGAGGAGGAGUGAUUCAGAUGGCAAACAAGGAUGAACGUCUUGUGGAGAUGGGACUGGAUUUGGCAGAGUCUUUGAGAAAGCUUAUUCACUCUUCACAUUUGUUGCCUUUCAUUGAGACCAAGCAACAAGGGAAGUGUUUUUGCAUUUUUGUUAAAUCUUGGAGCAGUGGCCCUUUCCCAGAAGACAGUUCUGCUAAGCCCCACAUUUGCAGCCUGAGUUCUUCACUCUCCUAUAGGUCUGAUACCUCUAAUGAGCUCAUGGACACAAGAGACGCAUUUGACUUUCUAAAAAAGAAAAGGGAUGCAAAAAUCUUAGGGAAAGAGCCUUCUGGUAAAAUUUUCAAGGUUAAACAGCAAGACCUCAAUAACUUGGAUCCUGCUGACAUAAUUUUCCAAAAAGACCAUCUUGAAUAUGGUGAAAUCCUGCCUUUUUCUGAGUCCCAUACUAUAGAAUUUAAACAGUUUUCUAUACACCACAUUCUACGAUAUGUAAAAGACAUAAUUCCACGAUAUGUCUCUGCAUUUACAAACACCAAGGGAGGUUAUCUUUUUAUUGGAGUGGAUGAUAAGAAUAGAAAAGUCUUGGGAUGUGCAAAAAAAAAAAAAAAUGUUGACCCUGUAUUUUUGAGAAAGGAAAUAGUAAAAUCAAUAUACAAAUUACCUUGUGUUCAUUUGUGCCAGUCCCAAAGCCAGAUCAAGUUCAGACUCCAAAUCUUGGAUGUGUUAGCCAGCGGGGAGCUAUAUGGCUAUGUUUGUAUAAUCAGAGUAGAGCCAUUCUGCUGUGCAGUGUUCUCAAAAGCUCCUGAUUCAUGGAUGGUGAAGGAGAAGCAGGUCUGCAGGCUGACAACUGAAGAAUGGACAGACAUGGUGACAGACACAGAUCUAGGUCUUCUAUGGUCAUCCAAGGACUUUGAAUGUCAGCUGAGUUUAUCUAAUGGGCCUCCUCUUAGCAGACUAGUAUACUCCAAGAAGGGUCUGGAACAUAAAAAGGAUCUCCAGCAACUCUUAUUUUCAGUGCAACCAAAACAUUUGCAAUAUACUCCCGAAUCCCUCUGGAAGCACCUGUCCUCACAGCAUGAAAGACUGGAGGGGUUAAUAAGCAAGCAAAUGCAACCUAACUCCACAGGAAUUCUGAUCCUCUCUAGAAGCUGGGCCGUGGACCUGAACUUGCAACAGAAGGAGGAGGUCAUCUGUGAUGCUCUGCUGAUAGCACAGAGUAGCCCCGCCAUUCUCUACACCAUUCUCAGGGAGCAGGACGCAGAGGGCCAGGACUACUGUACUCGCAUUGCUUUUACUUUGAAGCAGAAGCUGAUGAACAUGGGAGGCUACACCAGGAAGGUGUGUGUUAUACCCAAGGUCCUCUCCCUGAAUCCUGAGAGAUACACAGAGUCCUUGAAGGGUGCAGUGUCUCUGAUAGAUUACCCCAUGUCCUACAACCUCGCAGACACCCAGCAGAUGGAAGCCUUGUUGCAGUCCCUUGUGAUUGUCUUGCUCAGCUUCAGGUCUUUUUUGAGUGAUCAGUUCGGCUGUGAGGUUCUGAAUCUGUGCACAGCCCAACAGUAUGAGAUAUUCUCCAAAAACCUCUACAAGAACAGAGAAUUUGUGCAUGGCUUACUAGGCUCAGGGAAGACAAUCAUGGCCAUGAAGAUCAUGAAGAUCAAGAAUGUGUUUCAUUGUGAGGAAAGUAGAAUUCUAAAUGUUUGUGAAAACCAGCCGCUAAGAAACUUUAUCAGUAACAAAAAUAUCUGUGAAGCAGUGACCCGGAAAACUUUCAUGAAAAAUGACUUUAAACACAUUCAACAUACCGUUAUUGAUGAAGUUCAGAACUUCUGCACUAAAGAUGGGGACUGGUAUGAGAAGGCAAAAGCCAUCACUCAGAGAGCAAAACCUUGCCCCGGAAUUCUCUGGAUCUUUCUGGACUACUUUCAGACCAGCCACUUGGGUUGCAGUUGCCUCCCACUUCUUUCAGACCAGAAUUCAAAAGAAGUGCUUAUUGGAGUGGUUCGCAAUGCCAAUACAAUAGCCAACUACUCACAGGAAGAAAUGCAAGUAAUUAGGGAGAAUCCUCCACCUAACAUCCCUCAUAAGUCCCUGGACAUGCUUCUUGAAGCUGAAUGGGUUCAGGGCAUUCAGGGAACCUUAACAAUUAAGAAAGGCUUGACUCUGGAGCAUGUAGUGACCUAUGUGAUAGAAACCUGCAACUUCCUCUUUGAACGGGGUUAUUCUCUGAAGGAUGUUGCUGUGUUUGUCAGCAACAUGAGAGAAGUGGAAUACUACAAGCAUAAGCUCUUGAGAGCAAUGAGGAAGAAGAGGGUUGUGUAGCUUAGUGAUGCCUGUGACAUGUUGAGUGACCACAUUGUGAUGGAUAGUGUCUGGUGAUUCUCAGGCCUGGAAAGGAGCAUAGUGUUUGGUAUUCAUCCAAAGACAGCUGUGCCAGCUAUCUUUCACAAUUUUCUGGUGUGUCUGGCUUCCAGGGCAAGACAACACCUAUACAUUCUGUGGCAUGAUAGUUGUUAG